GCCCCCCGCCUUGCUUUGCCUUGCUUUCCCUCUCUCUCCCUCUCUCUCUCUCCCCGUUGUGGUCGUGGAUGUUGGACGUGUGGAAUUUUGUGAAGAGCGAUUUCGAUUGAUCUUAGGCUGGCUUGAACCUGGAUUGUCGCGUCGGCUGCUUGCUUGCUACCUACCCUACCACCACCUAGUAUCCUACCUCCGCAAACCCGCACAACAUUACGUCACACCAGAACUCCUAUAAAAAAAACCCUCCAUACCAUCACAAACUACCACAACCCACGACCCAACCCCCCAAAUCCUCACCACCACCACCACAAACACCAACACAACAAUGGCCUUCGCCUCAACCCAGUACGACACCAUCGGCGACAAAUACAACGACAUCAAAGUCCUGCCCUUCUCCUUCUACGAGCGCGCCAACGUGCGCGCCGCCGUGCAGCCGUAUCUAGACGCGAAUCCGUCUGCUGCGGUGCUCGACCUCGCGUGCGGGACGGGGUUUAUCUCGCGCAGUCUGGUGGAGUGGGGUGCGCGGUAUGUGCUUGGUGUGGAUAUUAGUGUUGGGAUGAUUGAGGCUGCGCGGGCGGAUGGGCGGGGGCAGGGAGGUGGAGGAGGAGGUGGUGAUGAUGAUGACGGUGAUAAUGGUGGGAGACUGAGGUAUGUGGUAGGCGACGCAAAGGGGUUAGGAAGGCUGGACUGGGAGGGAAAUGAGAUUGGGCAUGCUGGGGAAGAGGGCGCGGGCGAGGGCGAGGGCAAAGGACAGUUCGACAUCGUCGUCGGCACCUGGCUGCUCAACUACGCCGAAGACACGGUCGAGAUGGCAAAGAUGUGGCGAUCCAUCGUCACCAACCUGAAGGACGGCGGGGUGUUCAUCGGCACUGUGCCACGGGCGGCGGACGAUCUGGACGGCCUAGUGGCACGCAAGGCGCGGUUCAACGCCGAGCACCCCGGCUAUUUCGGCGCAACGUGGGAGCAUCCGCACAAACUUGCCAACGGGGAAGGGUAUCUGGGGCGGAUGAGGGGCCAUGGCACGCGGCCGUUUGUGUUUGAGUGGUAUCAUCUGCGCAAGGAGAUUCACGAGGUUGCGGCGCGGCGGGCGGGGAUGACGGGGAGGUUUGAGUGGAGGCAGCUUGUGCUGGAGGAGGAGGAUCGGCGGCGGGCGUCGGAGGAGUAUUGGGAGAGGUAUGAGCAGAUGUGUGGGCAUUUCUCCAUCUUGGUAGCACACAAGUGAAGGUCAAGUGGGUGGUGUGUUGUAUGUAUGUAGCUUGAGAGUUUGGGCGUUGCAUGGAGAGUGGGGAGUGAUGGGCGUCAUGGCCUUUCUGGACUACAGUUCAACAAUCAAUCCAUCGGUUCUUCAGUCCAUAGACGGUGUUGCAGAGUUGGCAGCCAUAUUGGACAUCCC